AUGGCCUCCGAGACCAGCAUCUCCAAACCCAACAUUGGCGUCUUCACCAACCCCAAGCACGACCUCUGGAUCGCCUCAGCCUCGCCCUCACUAGACCAGGUGCAACAAGGCCACGACCUAAAAGAAGGAGAAGUCUACGUGGGGGUCAAGUCGACCGGAAUCUGUGGCUCGGACGUACACUUCUGGCAUGCGGGAUGUAUAGGUCCCAUGAUUGUGACGGGCGACCACAUCCUUGGCCAUGAAUCCGCCGGCGUGGUGUUGUCGGUACACCCGUCCGUGACGACCCUCAAACCCGGCGACCGCGUGGCCAUUGAGCCCAACAUCCCCUGCUUCGAGUGCGAACCGUGCCGGACCGGUCGGUACAACGGGUGCGAGAGCGUGGUAUUCCUCAGCACGCCUCCAAUUGACGGGCUGUUGCGGCGGUACGUCAAACAUCCCGCCGUCUGGUGCCACAAGAUCGGGGAUAUGAGCUACGAGAACGGCAGUCUGCUGGAACCGCUGUCGGUGGCGUUGGCCGGGUUGGACCGCGCUGACGUCCGGCUCGGCGACCCUGUGCUGAUCUGCGGCGCCGGGCCCAUCGGCCUGGUGACGCUGUUGUGCUGUCAAGCCGCCGGCGCCUCCCCGUUGCUCAUCACCGACAUCGACCCCGGACGGCUGCAGUUUGCGCAGUCGCUCGUCCCGCGCGUCAAGACCUUCCAAGUGCCCCUGGACAAGUCGGCGGAAGAAUGUGCCGCCGGCAUAGUCGAAGCCAUGGGAGGCAUCCGCCCCCGCGUGGCCAUAGAGUGUACGGGGGUCGAGUCCAGCGUGGCCAGUGCGAUCUGGAGCGUCAAGUUCGGCGGCAAGGUCUUUGUCAUUGGUGUGGGCAAGAACGAGAUGAAGAUCCCGUUCAUGCGCCUCAGCACCAUGGAGAUCGACCUGCAGUACCAGUACCGCUACAGCAACACGUGGCCGAAAGCCAUCCGGCUGGUCGAGAGCGGCGUCAUCAACAUGGACAAACUGGUCACGCAUCGAUUUAAUUUGAGCCAGGCCACCGAGGCGUUCAAGACUGCCAGCGAUCCCAAGAGCGGUGCCAUCAAGGUGCAGAUCAAGAAUGAUGACAGUUUAUAG